CCUGAUUCCGAAUCUAAAGUGAUUUUCGACCUAUUUUGACUCCUAAUAUCAUUUUCCGGAAAUUGGGGUGGUUCCAUGGCUGUUGGCGAGCAGUGUAUAUCACUGAAGAUGACCCCACUUGUUCAUAGAGUGCAUUUUUUGGUCCAGCAAAUAUCUGGAUCCUUACCCAACGAUUACGUAAGAUACAGGGGUGUUUUCAUCAGAAGUGGGUCACACUGUAUAAAUAGGUAUAGAGGAAUCUGAACAAUGUUGAGAAAGUCUGUUGUGAAUCUUCGCUUCGUCAAGAGAUAUUUUCAUUCCAACGAAACAAGAAUAGGUGUGCUGGGAGUACCCUUUGAAGAGGGCCAACCCAAAGUUGGAGUAGCAAAUGGUCCUGAUGCUAUAAGAAAGGCAGGACUCAUUGAACAACUUACUACAAUACAUGAAAAAGUUGACUUGAAAGACUAUGGAAACAUCAAAUAUGAGAUUAUGGCCGACCUUGUGGAUGAAAUACAACAAAAUAUUCCCAAUAUGAAAGGGUAUGCCCAUGUAGCUUCUUGUAAUCAGAAGUUAUCCAAAGAAGUAGAACGAAUUAUCAGAGAUGGACGAGUAUGUUUGACUCUUGGAGGUGAUCAUGCAAUUGCUGUAGGAACAGUGGAUGGACACAUAAAGGCCAAAAACGAAGAUUUAUGCAUCUUGUGGGUAGAUGCUCAUGCCGAUUUGAAUACGAACAGAACUUCAUCGUCAGGAAACGUCCACGGAAUGCCAAUGGCGCUUCUCGCUUCUGAACUGGCCGACUACUGGCCAUACUUGCCAGGAAUGGACUGGCAGAAACCUGUAAUAUCUAUUAGGAAUGUUGCCUACAUAGGAUUGAGGUCCGUCGACUCUUACGAAAGACUGGUGAUAGACAAACUGGGAAUAACGGCGUUUGGAAUGGAAGAUGUUGAGAAUUAUGGAAUAAGCACGGUUGUGAAGAUGGCUCUGGAUAGGAUUGAUCCAGAACGGAAGAGGUCCAUACAUGUCAGCUAUGAUAUCGAUUCACUCGAUUCUUUGGAGGCUCCUAGUACAGGAACAUCAGUGCGAGGUGGAUUGACAUUGAGAGAAGGAAUCCAAAUAAUGGAAAUGAUCCAUAGCACUGGGCGUCUGGGUGCGAUGGACCUUGUAGAAGUGAAUCCCAGUAUAGGGUCGGAGCAAGAUGUCAAACGAACAGUCGAUGCUGCCAUCCACAUCAUCAUGGCGGCAGUUGGGCACAGCAGGAGAGGUUUGAGACUUAAAGACGUUGAUACAUUGCCAUUACAAACGUUUCCACCAACCCGACAAUUGAUUUGAUCAAUUUGGAUGUUACCUAAUUCAUGAUUUCAUUAUUUAUUAAAUGUUCGAUUCCGAUUCUUUCUAUAGAUAAUGCUAACUGAGAGUAAUAAAAUUUAUCUUUUAUAUAUAUUA